ACAAACAAGGCGGCUAGAACAACAACACCAAUUGGAAUAGUCAAAGAGGGUCUGGCUAUAACCAAGGGGGAAAUACUCAAGUGUAUGUUCCCCCACACCAAAGACAAGCUGAGGAUCCUAUGGCCGAAAUGAAGAGGAUGAUGGAGGAGCAAAAUAAAAAGAGUGAAGAAAGAAUUCAAAGGUUAGAGGAAUCUAUGAGACAACUAAUGGAUAAGAUGACAAUCAGACCUCCUGGAACUCUCCCGGCCAAAACUGAAACCAAUCCACGCGAACAUCUUAACGUUGUUACUCUACGCAGUGGAAAGGAAGUUCAAGGCGUUGGUCAAAGUAUUGAACCAACAUUGGAGGAGGAGUUUGAGGUUGAACUAAUUAGUCAACCAACUGAAGAAAAGAAGAAGGAACCAGAAAAGAAAGAAGAAAGGAAGGAUAAGGAACCUUCCCAGUCCCAGCAUCCAAACAGCAAUCUCCUACCAAAGAAGGUGACCAUGCCCUUUCCAUCAAGGGUAAAGAAGAAGAAUGAUGAUCAAGCUUUCAAGAAGUUUCUAGACAUCAUGGGCCAAGUGGAAGUUAAGUUGCCCUUGAUUGAUGUCUUAACUGAGAUGCCGAAGUAUGCCAAGUUCAUCAAAGACUUGGUUAUGCAUAAAAAGGACUGGGAAGGGGUUUCAAUGAUCAAUCUGAAUGCGAGCUGCUCCGCGUUGCUACUCCAACAAUUACCUGAGAAGUGCAAGGAUCUAGACCCUACCGAAUUUUGUCAUUCUGUCAAAAUAUUGAAGGACAAAGGGUCUGUCGAGACGCUUCUUGGUCUAGAGGCAGUAUUGAAGGAGGAAGAGAAUGAAGGGAUUAAGUGUGAGGAUGUUCGGGAAGUGGAAACAAAAGGAUCUGAUACCCUAGAACUGAAGCCACUUCCCAAACAUUUAGAAUAUGCAUUUCUUGAUGACGAGGGCAAAUGUCCUGUUGUCAUUGCAUCUGAAUUGACUGUGGAUCAAAAGGCCGAACUAUUGACCGUUCUUCGACGGCACAAGCAAGCAAUUGCUUGGAAGUUGGAGGAUAUUCAAGGAAUCAGCCCGGCCUUUUGCACCCACAAAAUUGCAAUUGAAGAAGGGUUCAAGCCUGUUGUUCAAACACAACGUAGGCUUAAUCCAAAACUGAUGGAGCCGGGGUGUGGGCAGAUGUUGAAGCCUCAAUUAGGCCAUCUGGUUGGGAGCAUUUACUUUCCUUACGAGCUGAGGCUACCUCUCACUAUUGAGUUUCUGUGCUCAUUGCGGCCUUUACUGGGGUUUGAGCGACGAGAUGAUGUGGGGAUAGCUAUGAGGCAUGACAGCCGCCUCAUUUUCACUCUUCUAGGUCAGCGGCAUACUCUUAAUGUCGCUGAGCUUGGGUGGAGAUUGGGCCUAUAUACUCAGGAGGAGAUCUCACAUUCAUCUUUUGCUGACCUUCCCAUUGCUGUUCCUGAGGACUUUGACGUCCAGGCUUUUUGGACUGCACAUGCACGCACUGAUGCUCCUUUCGAGCAUCAGCUUAGUCGAGCUUCUGACUGGGCCGAGCCUUCCUGGAGGCUUCUCACAUUCCUGAUGUCCAUGAGCUACUUUGGGAGACCCAGUAACAGCAACCGGGUUUAUUCUUCUGACAUGCUCUUCUUCUGGAGCAUAGCACAUCAGCGACAGGUUAAUUUGGCUGUUUUCAUCACCCGAUUCUUGUGGUCUCAGACAUAUGGUACACGUAUCACGGUGGUUUGCGGCCCGUUGAUCGCACUUCUUCACAUGUCCUUACAGGAGCACAUGCCUAUUCCUGACCUCUUACCCCUUGAGCACAGUGUUCGACUUUUGGACAGCACCAUGAUACAACACAUUCGACUUCAGAGAGGUCAGAUACGGAGGAUUAGACCGAGAGAGGGGCCAUCACCUCGACCUCGUCCUGCACCACAGCCACAGAGUACAUUUCAGCAGGGACAGAGCUCUACUGGGGUGGAGAACCUUCAUAUACCCCUAGGGGCACAGACAUUGAGUACUCAGAUGCAGAGUCUUCAGUACCAGAUGAGUGGGGGUUCAUGGUAGAUGGGGGAGUUACACACAAGGAAUGUGAAUUGAAAUAGGGUAGUAGGUAUGUAGGAUAAAUUUAAUUAAGUUGGAAUAUUAAAUUUAAUUAAUUAAAAUGUUAAGUUGCUAGUAAUUGUUGUAAUGUUAUAAUUAAUUUAUCUGGCCAAUUUAUUAAUUAAUUAUUGAAAAAUUAUUAUAUCCAUUUGUCUAUGAAUGUGAAAAAUAAUUUAGUCAACCAAUACUAGCACAUUAAUGAAACUUAGAGAUAAGAUAUAAUNAAUGUGAAUUGAAAUAGGGUAGUAGGUAUGUAGGAUAAAUUUAAUUAAGUUGGAAUAUUAAAUUUAAUUAAUUAAAAUGUUAAGUUGCUAGUAAUUGUUGUAAUGUUAUAAUUAAUUUAUCUGGCCAAUUUAUUAAUUAAUUAUUGAAAAAUUAUUAUAUCCAUUUGUCUAUGAAUGUGAAAAAUAAUUUAGUCAACCAAUACUAGCACAUUAAUGAAACUUAGAGAUAAGA